AUGGAAGAAGAAAAGGUAACUUGUUUUGAUGAUUUUGUUGAGAAAAUUAAAGACACUUUAAUUCCUGAAGGUUAUAUAGGUAUCAAAAUGAACACUCAUCUGUCAUAUGUACUAAUUAAUAAUAAUAAAGAGAAAGAGCCUCUCGACAUUACUUUGUCAAUUACUGUAGUGAACGACUUAACAGUUACCAUUUAUAAAGAUGUUGGAAAGAUUUCCGUUGAAAUAGGAUUAUCAAAGUACAAGCAUUUGUUAUCAAAAGAAAAUACUAUUAAUAGCACUACACAUUUCUCUAAUCUGUUAGCUUUUUUGAAGAACACUUAUAAGGAAGAUGAGCUCUGUGAAGAGGAAGUUUGUUCUAUUAUGAACAAAAUUAAUCAAUUAUCGGGAAUAAUUAUAGAAAAGGGCUGUUUGGGUGACUUUGCACCAUUGUUGGAAUUUGUAAAGGCUCAGCUAAAGCUGACUUUAGUCAAGAAACAAGCUAGAAAAUAUUCUAACAAACUACUAACUCUUUCAUUUUUGUGGCAAAUGACAAGCCCUAAGCUCUAUGAAACUCUAAAAGAAUUGUUUAUUCUUCCUAGUGUUCGUAGAAUUCAGCAAUUGUCUUCUGUUUUUGCUGAAAAUGUUGAAGAUCUUAACCAACCUUACUUAGAAGCAAGCUGGAUCAAUAAGAACAUUUUUUUGUUACCUGACCGUACUGAUGUUGAUGAUGGUGAAAUUCCAAAAUUAAUUGCUGACUUCCGUCAUGUUGAAAAGUUGUAUGCUACUGAAGAAAUGAUGCACUUAAAAGUAGCUCACAAACUGACAAUGAUUUUUGCUAAAUGUUUGUGUAUAAUUUGUUCAGGAAAACACAAUCUAAACAAGUACUUGGAAGCUGUCAGUUCUCCUACUGAUUGGCAGUUAAAGUAUCUACUUGAUGCGGCAGACUAUUUUGAAAGGUGGAACAAAAGCACAAAGACCCAAACUUUUACAGCCUGCGUGCAAACGUUUAGAGGAAUUUCACAACUCUGCUCGUAUAUUUUUGAAAACUAUGAUGAAAUUACCUACUGUCUUCUUGGAAAAUGGACAUCUGAUUGCAUCGAGGGGCGGUUUGGUUGGUACCGCCAAUUCAAUGGUGCCAAUUUCUAUAUAAGUGUGCGUCAAAUUAUAGAAAGUGAAAAAAAAAUUCGUACUCUAACUGCUAUAAGGUCAGGCGUAUUUGAGGAGCUAGCCUUUACUGAAAAAACUGUUCCUUCCGCUACUGUAGAAUGGACGUGGUUGCGUGACGAGCUGGCAGAUGAUCCUACUGAUCUUGAUCCAAAAGAUAUGCUGCCCCUCAUAUACACCUCUGGGUACAUUGGAAGGUCGAUCAGUAGAAAAACGAAAUGUGAGUCUUGCAAAGAAAAUCUGGGGGACCGCUUUUGUGACAAAGAGAAUUCUGGAGAGCACACAAAAGUCAUUGAGCUGCAUGACCGAGAAAAUCUUCUUCAAAGGUUUAUGGCAUGUUCUUCCAGCAGUCAGCAUGCCGUGUUUGAAGCAGCGAUAAUGGACAAAAUGACUUCCUUUACUUGUGCGACACCGUUGUGCUCAAGGACACGAAACUGCGCACCUCAUGGUUCGCAGUUUGUUUAA